GCCAAGGAGUAGAGUAAAGCGUUCCGGGCGGCGCCUACGCGCCACAGUUCCGGGAGUGGCGAGGAGUGAGAGUCAGUCGUCGUCGUCCGGUGCGUGCAGUGUCUGCUGCCGGAGUCCUGCCAUGUGCGCGGUGCUCCGCCAACCCAAGAGCGUCAAGUUGCGAGCCCUACACAGCGAGUGCAAAUUCGGCGUGGCGGCUCGGAGCUGCCAGGAGCUGCUGCACAAGGGUUGCGUCCGUUUCCAGCUCCCGGUGUCCGGCUCCCGGCUGUGCUUGUAUGAAGAUGGCACGGAGGUGACUGAUGACUAUUUCCCGGGGCUCCCCAAUGACGCCGAACUCCUGCUGCUCACUGCUGGACAGACCUGGCAGGGCUAUGUGAGUGACAUCACCCGCUUCCUCAGUGUGUUUAAUGAGCAACAUGCUGGGGUCGUCCGGGCUGCGCAGCAACUGCUGUCACAUGAGCGGGACCCACUGAGGCAGAAGCUGCUGGCUGACCUUCUGCAUCAUGUCAACCAGAACAUCACUGCUGAGACCCGGGAGCAGGACCCGUCCUGGUUUGAAGGUUUGGAGUCUCGAUUCAGGAAUAAGUCUGGCUACCUGAGAUAUAGCUGUGAGAGCAGGAUCCGGGGCUACCUGAGAGAGGUGAGUGCUCACACCUCUGCGGUGGAUGCAGCGGCUCGGGAAGAAUUCGAGCGGGUCCUCAGCUCCAUGUGCCAGAAGCUCAAAUCCCAGAAGUACAAUGGCAGCUACUUUGACCGAGGUGCAGAGGCCAGUGAGCGGCUUUGUACUCCGGAAGGCUGGUUCUCCUGCCAGGGCCCCUUUGACCUAGAGAGCUGUCUUUCCAAACACUCCAUCAACCCCUAUGGCAACAGGGAGAGCCGGAUCCUCUUCAGCACCUGGAACCUGGAUCAUAUAAUAGAGAAGAAGCGCACCGUGGUGCCCAUGCUGGUGGAAGCCGUCCAGGAUGGGAGGGAGGUGAACUGGGAGUACUUCUACAGCCUGCUCUUCACGGCCAAGAACCUGAAGCUGGUGCACAUUGCUUGCCACAAGAAGACCACGCACAAGCUGCAGUGUGACCGUAGUAAGAUCUACCGGCCCCAGGCAGGAUCCAAGAAGAAGCGGCCUGCUCGCAAGCGCCCGCCAGUGACACAUGCCAGGCCCUCUAGGGUGAUGCAGCGGUGA